AGCUCUGUAUUUUCUGUAUGGCGAGACGGAACCUUUCAUCGUCAUGUGUUUCCAGAGGAGCACAGUACCGUGGAGCACACUCAAUGGUAGUGUGCGUGUGCGCCGAGUGUGCGUGCAUGACAGCGGUGAUGAAUAAAAGACAAGACACUUAAAAGGUGUGAGUGCUGUAGGCUUCUGCCAUGGAGAGUCUGGAGGAAACGUUUAAGGCCCUGGCCAUCGCCCGGCGGACGCAGCCCAGUGAGCCGACCUACAUCCUGGACGUGGCUCUGCAGCCCGCCCCCUGCAGCGCCGCCCUGGUGGCAGUGAGCUGCUCCAACCGCUCGGUGCGUCUUCACCACCGGGAGACGCUGGGCCUGCAGGGGGAGUUCAAGGGUCACACAGGGCCGCUGUGUGGGGUGCGGUUCGCCCACGCCUCCCCCACCCUGCUGUACUCGGGCUCGGCGGACGGCACGCUGCGCUGCUGGGACACGCGCUGCCCGGGAGGAGCCCACGCCACACGCGUGUUCCGCAGCGACCCGGCCCACGUGUUCUGCUCGUUCGACGUGAGCAGCAGCGACGUGGUGUUGUGCGCCGGGACGGAGCAGGUCGGGGAGGAUUCCUUCCUGGUGUUCUGGGACACCCGCAAGCCAGAGGGGCCGCUGGGGGUGUACUCGGAGUCGCACAGUGAUGACAUCACGGCGGUGCGUUUCCACCCGCGGGUGGCAGACCGGCUGGCCUCGGGGGGCAUGGACGGCCUGGUGAACGUGUUCGACGUGAAGCAGGGCGGGGAGGAGGACGCUCUCAUCACCACCUGCAACUCGGGCUCCUCCACAGGGGCUAUAUGCUGGGCAGGUGUCGACGGGGAGCAGCUGCUGUGUUUGACUCACGACGAGGGGCUGCACUUGUGGGACGUGCGGCGGCCGGACUCCGAUGACCCGCUGACCCUGCUGUGCGCCAACGACGCCCGCUCGCUCAUCACUCUCCCCGACGCCUCCCCGCUGGAGUACUUUGUGGGCGGGGCAUGGCUGGAGGAGGCGGGCCAGCUGCUGGUGGUGGGCGGGACCCGUGGAGGAGGGCUGCACCUGCUGGACUGCAGCGCUCAGGGCGUGCGCGUGGUGCGCUCGCUGGCGGACGGCCACUCGGCCACGGUGCGGUGCUUCGCGUGGGAGCCUGAAGGGGGCGCCCUGCUCACAGGGGGGGAGGAUGGGCAGCUGCUGCAGUGGCGGGCGGGGGCCACAGAGCUGCAGGGGGGGGGCAGGAGGAGGGACCUCCUAAAGAGCUCCUCAGCACUGCAGCUGAAGGCCAGAACACACCGCAAACACCACAGCAAGAGGAACAACACCCAACACACCGCAGGAGCUCUAAACCAGACCCCAGGAUGAUCUGUGUUGUUCUUAGUGUCUCAGACCCCAGGAUGAUCUGUGUUGUUCUUAAUGUCUCAGGUGAAAGUGAUUUUAAAGGUUCACUGGUUCCUCUGUAUGGCCCCUGCCAUAGGGGAGCCCUCCCCUUUAAGAGAAGCCCCUGCCAUAGGGGAGCCCUCCCCUUUAAGAGAAGCCCCUGCCAUAGGGGAGCCCUCCCCUUUAAGAGAAGCCCCGGUUACAGAGGCAGACUUGAAUUCUGCUUUAGUUGUCACCAGCAAGUGUGUGUUUCACGAGGCAAAGUGAACACUGAAACACCAAGUGAGGUAUGGGAAUGCUUUUUGUCUGGACAGGAGUGUGAUGGGAAUCUGUUGCUGUGUAAAACAAACAGGAUCAACUUUACACACUUGUGAAGUCACAGCAAUAAAAUGUAUUUAUUUAUAAAGUGA